AUGGAGCUGGAGGGCGGAGAGCCCCAUUCAGACUGCUCCACAUCCAGCAGCGGGUCUCCCUGCAGGAACAUUAACGGGACCCGGUCGGUGGAGACAUAUGAGAUAUAAACCAGCCGGAUGCAUCUGGUCGUUGCUUUUAUCGGGGGAACUAUGACUCAUUUCCAGGACUGACGCUCUGGGAUGCUGCUUUUACUUUGGCGUGCGUCUAAACCGGCCACCGAUCCGUUCAAUCAUUCAUAAAGGUGCUGCACCGUCUGGCUUCAUACCCACCCUCCUGCUGUCUGUUCUCUGAGUCCUGCCAUGAGGAUGGAUCCCCGGCUCUCCUCCCCCAGGUACCCGCUGCUGGUGCUGCUCUGCGGGGUCUGCGGGCUGUGCGGGACCCGGAGCCCGGUGGCUGCUGCCGGGAGGAGCUGCGCCGACACCCGGCAGGUGUACGCGGAGAAGGGCUACAGCACCAGCACCGCCCCGCAGACUCAGAUCUCCGGCGAGCACCUGCGGCUCUGUCCUCAGGACUACACCUGCUGCUCCAGCCAGAUGGAGGAGACUCUGGCCCUGCAGAGCGAGAGGGACUUCCUCAAAGCCGUGGAGGAGAACAGCCAGUUCCUUCUGACUACUUUUACACAGAGACAUCGCAGGUUUGAUGAGUUCUUCAGAGAGCUGAUAGACUUGUCAGAGAAGUCCAUGAACCAGAUGUUCACCAAGACCUACGGCCGGCUCUUCACGCAGAACGCACACGUCUUCCAGGAGCUGUUUGUGGAGCUGCGCAGAUAUUAUUCUGGGGGCAGCGUCAGUCUGUCCGAGGUCCUCUCAGACUUCUGGUCCCGGCUGGUGGAGCGGGUCUUCUCGCUGGUGAACCCCCAGUACCAGUUCAGCGAGGACUACCUGGAGUGUGUCAGCAAACACGCUGAGCAGCUGCAGCCGUUCGGGGACGUUCCCCGCAGGCUGCGAGUACAAGUGUCCAGGGCUUUCAUCGCAGCCAGAGCUCUGUCCCAGGGCCUGGCCACCGGCCGGGAUAUUGUUAACAAAGCAACAAAGCUGACGGCGGACUCGGAGUGUGUGCGCGGGCUGAUGCGUCAGUCGUACUGCCCGCUGUGUCGCGGCGUGCCCGCCCUGCGGCCCUGCCACGCCCUCUGCCUCAACGUGAUGAAGGGCUGCUUAGCCAAUCAGGGCGACCUGGACACCGAAUGGAACAAUUUCAUUGACGCUCUGUACCAGGUCUCAGAGAAGCUGGAGGGGCCGUUCAACAUGGAGCUGGCAGCCGACUCUAUCUCUGUGAAAGUGUCCGAGGCGAUCAUGCACAUGCAGGAAAACAGCGUCAGCAUCUCCACUAAGGUGUUCCAGGGCUGCGGGAGCCCCAGACCAGCUCCAGGACGCUCCAAGCGCUCCCCUAAAGAGUCGGGAGGCAGCAGGAGGCCUUUCCGCACCUACAGCCCCGAGGAGAAGCCCACCACUGCUGCAGGCACCAACCUGGACCGACUGGUUACCGAGCUGAAGGAGCGUCUGCGGCCCAUGAGAGGCUUCUGGGUGUCCCUCCCACACACCAUCUGCAACGACGACAAGAUGGCCGCCGACGUCACUAACGAGGACCGCUGCUGGAACGGGCAGACCCGGGGGAGGUACCUCCCCGAUGUGACGGGCGACGGGCUGGUCAGCCAGAUCAACAACCCCGAGGUGGAGGUGGACAUCGCCCGGCCGGACGUGAGGACCAGACAGCUGAUCAUGGAGCUGAGAGUCGGGACCAACAAGCUGAGACACGCUCAGACCGGACAGGACAUGGACUUCAUGGACAGUGAGGAGGGCAGUGGUUCUGGAGGUGGAGAUGAAGCUGAGAGGUAUAAUGAUGACUGGCCCGGCUACGGGCCUCACUCUCCUCCCUACAACAAACCGGCUCGCCCGCCGUCUUCCAGCCCUGCGAAGCCGCCGCGAGUCAGAGAACGAAACGGCUCCAAGUGGAACAAGAACAACCACGGACGAGUCAAAUCAUCAGGCAGCCGGCUCUGCUUCUGCCUGCUUCCUUUGUUGUCUUUGCCUUUCGUGGUAGCUGGCGCCCCCAUGUGGAGAUAGCUGGUUAAUGCGGUCUGGAGCUGGAGGUUUUCUGUCAUGCUGCAGUCUCGAGCACAUUAUGAAGAAAAGAAAAAGUCAUUCCAUUUGGUUGCACCAGCAGAAAAAACACAUGAAACAGGCUAAUUUAGCAAUAAUCAAAAACCUGUUUACAGCACAAAAAAGGUUAAAUGGAAUAUUUUUCCUACUGCCCAAGCCACAAAGAGGUAUUACCAGGCAUUCAUGAUUACAAACAAUACUUAAUAAGUACUGCCAUUAUUUUAGUGCCAUUCAUUUGAGCUGUUGGGAGUCUUGGUGCUGGAGCGUAGAAGUCUGAAAGAGGAGAAGAAGCUUUCUGUGGUUAUUAACCGUGUAGAUUCACUGAGCAGCUGGUUUACUUGCUGCCUUUCUCUUGACAUUAGGUUAAUUAAUUUAACUGAUCCUGGUUUCACUGCGCUUGUGGUUAAUUUUUCCUCUUGUGGAAGUCGUAAGAUUUAAUUUUAAUUAAACCUCCGUAUUUUUGGCUUGGAGAUUAAAAAAGUAAAGUCAAUAGUGUGACUCUUGAAACCAAACAAGGGGUUUAUUUUGAAUGUACCUAAUUAAUUUUGGCUAUUUCUGAGGACAAGGGAUCGAUUAAUGUAAUAUAUUGAUGUUUUUAAUUUAUUUGUAAUAUAAUAUUGCUUUGUUCCUAUUGUUAUGAUUUUUGAAGGAAGGAUGAAGUGUUUAACUUUCUCUGGUCAAAAGGAAAAAGGAAGUUGUAUUUAUUGACACAUUUUGUAAACCAAUCAUUUUUAAAUAUUGUCACUGAACCAAUCACAAAACACUUAAUAAUCAUACAAUAGAAG